AUGGCUGAUUCACCGAUGGCUGAUUCGCCUCAGCACAUCCAGUUCAGAGAUGAAAUAAAGCCUGUUAGGUCAAACAGAUCAAAUGGAUUGGCAUUUGGUGAUGUUUUGGCAGAAUCGAAAGUAUCUCAGAUAGCAUCUAGCUAUGACUUUGAGGAGAAGGCAUUAGAGAUUGCUAAUGAAGAUUUAAACAAGAAGAAGAAACAGACAUAUACUGGAUGGAUGCUUAUGUGGUUGGCAUAUCAAAGUACUGGAGUCAUUUACGGAGAUAUAGGCACAAGUCCCUUAUAUGUCUACUCUUCCACCUUUACAAGUCACCCUUCAUACGAUGAUCUCGUGGGUGCACUAUCCAUUAUAAUAUGGACCCUCACACUUAUGGUUUCGGUCAAAUAUGUCUUCAUCGUAUUAUCCGCCGAUGAUGAUGGAGAAGGAGGAACAUUCGCUCUAUACAGUUUACUGGCCCGUUAUGCACACAUCGUUCGACUAGACCCGAAUAUCUCAGGAAUGGUCAAGAUGGAACGUCACGAAACGAAUGAUUUGAAAGCUUCGAAUAAAAAUGUACGAACUUUUAUCGAGGGGUCCGCAGUUGCUAGAGUGGUUCUAAAAUUCUUGGGUGUGUUGGGUGUUAGUAUGGUUAUGUCGGAUGGAAUCCUAACACCCGCCCAAUCUGUACUGGGAGCCAUUCAAGGAAUCGAAGUUGCGCAACCAGAUAUCAGCACUAGUACCAUCGUCGGCACAACUUGCGCUAUCCUCAUCCUACUAUUUGCUAUUCAACCUUUCGGAACCACAAAAAUCGCAACUACAUUUGCUCCGAUCGUUAUGAUUUGGUUACUAUUCAACAUGUGCACUGGCAUCUACAACUUAGCACAAUACGACCACACCGUUCUCAAAGCAUUUUCUCCUUAUUUUGCAGGACAAUACUUUAUGCGAAAUAAAGAGGAAGGAUGGAAAUCAUUAGGCGGACUCCUACUCGCUUUUACCGGAGUCGAAGCACUCUUUGCAGACUUGGGAGCUUUCAGUAAAAGAGCGGUUCAAAUUUCUUGGCUGGGCUUUACUUAUCCUUGUCUGUUAUUGGCAUAUAUUGGACAAGCUGCAUAUAUUUCUCAGGAUGUUACGAAGACUGCUUAUACGAAUCCUUUCUUUAAUACGGUUCCGCCCGGGACAUUUUAUUUCUCUCUUGUCAUCGCAAUUUUAGCCGCUAUUGUCGCUUCACAAGCUAUGAUUACGGCUAGUUUUCAAUUGCUAUCACAGGUUAUGAGAUUAUCUUACUUCCCACACAUCAAAACCGUUCAUACUUCGAAGCUAUUUCACGGGCAAGUGUAUAUGCCACUUGCAAAUUGGCUACUUAUGAUUGGUACUGUCGUCGUAACCGCAGUAUACAGUGACACAACUCGUCUCGGAAAUGCCUACGGUGUCUGCGUAAUCUUCGUAACCUUCAUAACAACCUGCAUGGUCUCCCUCGUCGCCAUAAUCAUCUGGCGCAUAAACGUCCUCAUAGUCCUCGUCUUCUUCCUCGUCUUCGCCGCCCUCGACGGCGUCUACCUCUCCUCGGCCCUCAUCAAAGUCCCCACCGGCGCAUGGUUCACCCUGCUCCUCGCCUUCAUCCUCUCCUGCAUCUUCGUGCUCUGGCGCUACGGAAAAGAACAACAGUGGACCUCCGAAGCCCAAGACCGCAUCCCCCCCUCCGCCUUCAUAACCACUGAUUCGCACUCCGCCACUCCUACCUCUUGGCUCACCGCAGCCUAUGGUUCUCACCCCAUCACCACCGUCCCCAGCGUCGGCAUCUUCUUCGAUAAAAUCGGCGAUCAGCUCCCUAUCGUCUUCACGCAAUUCGUCCGCAAAUUCUGCGCCACCCCCGAAAUCAUCAUUUUUCUGCACAUGCGUCCGCUGUCCAUCCCCCACGUCCCAGACGAGGAACGCUACGUCGUGCAACGCACCUCCAUCCCAGGCUGUUAUCGAAUCACCAUCCGCCACGGCUACACCGACGAUAUCAUCACGCCGUCUAUCGGCGAAACCCUCAUCUCCCAACUCACACUCUUCAUCACGCGGGAUCCGGGGACGUUUUCGGGUCUGCAGCGGAGCUUGGCUUCUCCUGCUCCAUCGACCCCACGUUCUCAAUCUCAUUCUCCAACUUCAAACCCAACUUCAAACCAAACCUCCCCCGCAACAAGUAUCCUCCACACCCCCAACAUCCAAAAAGAACUCGACAGCAUCACCAACGCAGCCGCCAACCAAAUCGUCUACGUCCUCGGCAAAGAACAGAUGAAGAUUCGUGCAGGGAGCGGGAUGCAGAAUUGGAUACGCAGAGCGGUAUUAUGGGUCUUCUUGUGGAUUCGAGAGAAUAGUAGGGGGAAGAUGGCGGAUUUGGAUUUGCCGGUGGAGGGAUUGGUCGAGGUGGGGUUUGUGAAAGUUAUUUAA